AUGUCUAUUAGUCUGCUGAGGGAAUGCACGAAGAACGGCAAGCCCAUUGCGUUUCCGGAGGGCCAGGAUAUUUCUACGGCCAAGACGCUUAUUUUGGACGGCCAGGAGGUUUCUCUGGACGAGAAGACCGGGUUUGUUAGCGGAGACAAGAUCAACCAUGUUUUGCGAACCAUAUACCAAUGCUGGUUGCACAGUGAAUCGAACACGACCGAGUAUAUUUCCGACUGCGAGGCGAAGAAUAUACCUGUUGUGAGUUUUUUGGAGAGAACGGAGCUGAUCUCGUAUCUAAACGGGUCGUCCGAGACGUGUGCUUAUUUACAAGGGGCAGGACCCAAAGCCCAGCCUGGCGGCGAAAAACGGACAUCUACAGAGGAGCAGGGCGCGGCAAAGAAGAAGCGCGAGUUAGACCCAUUUUUGCGCGAGGUUCUGAGCAACGAACGCAAUUUGAUCGACCAUAAUAGGGCUCUGCAGGGCACGAAGCCUGUGGACUUUUCGAGCGUUGCCAAAGAGUGCGAGUAUAAGAUUAUCCGUGCGGCCAAGCAGAAAACCAAGGCGAAGGGCAAGGUGCCCGAGAAGAGCACGACGUCUGUGGGGAAGAACAAGGAGCCCAUCAUUAUUCUGUCGCCGUCUGCGUCUGCUAUUUUGAAUAUGAGCAACGUGAAGGAGUUCCUUCAGGACGGAAGAUUCACCAACGCUGCCGACUCAGGACACUCGACAAGCAACAUGCUGCAGAUUGUGCGCAACUCGAAGCGGUUCGACAAGAGAAUGAAGUUUCUGGCGGUGAGCAACGUGGAGAAAUUCUUCACGAAGCCGGAGUACUGGGACCGGGUGGUUGCAGUUUUCACGACGGGCCAGGAGUGGCAGUUCAAGAACUACAAGUACAACCAGCCAAGUGUGCUGUUUCAAAAAGUGAAGGGCUUCUAUCUCUAUUACAACGGAGACCCAAUUCCGGACAAGAUUCAGCAGUGGAACGUGCAGCCGAUAGGCAUUGAGCGGACGCAGCGGUUCAAGGACCGUCAAACGAGCGAGUUUCUGUGGGAGAGUCUGGAGCGGUUCAUGGCCGGCAAGGGCUACAGAUGA